UUUAUGGUGUAAUUUGAGUAAAAUUUGCGUAAAAAAGUGAAAAGUUUAGGUUCUAAUUUGUCCACUAACAGUUGAGGAAAGUUUUCUCAACCGACGGUACGAUGCAUGCCGAGGAAAAACACUGGAAAGAGGAGGGCAAAAACUACAAGAAAGUACAACGUGCUCUGGAGGAAAAAUGGAAGCUAGUACCGGCGUUCCUACAGGUAAAAGGGCUUGUAAAGCAGCACAUCGAUUCGUUCAACUAUUUCAUCAAUGUGGACAUCAAAAAGAUCGUCCAAGCGAACGAAGAGGUAAAAAGUGAUGCCGAUCCGUGCUUUUACCUUAAGUAUCUCAACGUGCAUGUCGGUAAGCCGGACGUCGAAGAAGGGUUUAACAAUACGAAAUCCACUACACCACACGAAUGCCGCCUGCGGGAUAUGACUUAUUCGGCACCGAUUACGGUCGACAUUGAGUACACCCGUGGUACGCAGCGUGUCGUCCGGAAUGGGUUACUGAUCGGCCGUAUGCCAAUAAUGCUCCGUUCAUCCAACUGCGUACUAUCGGGGAAAUCCGACUACGAGCUUUCAAAAGUGAACGAAUGCCCAAUGGAUCCGGGCGGUUACUUUAUUAUUCGCGGCACGGAAAAGGUCAUUCUCAUCCAGGAGCAGUUGAGCUGGAACAAAAUGAUUACGGAAGAUUACAACGGCGUAAUACAGUGUCAGGUAACGAGCUCUACGCAUGAGAAAAAAUCACGCACAAUCCUUAUUACCAAGCACGGCCGGUACUAUCUGAAGCACAACUCCAUGACGGAGGAGAUCCCGAUCGCGAUCAUACUGAAAGCGAUGGGCAUUGCGUCGGAUCAGGAAAUAAUGCAGCUGGUCGGGAUUGAUUCGGAGACGCAAAAGCGUUUCGCACCGUCACUGCUGGAAGCGGCCAAUCAUAAAGUGUUUACCCAGCAGCGUGCACUGGAGUACAUGGGUUCGAAGCUGAUCGCGAAACGGUUCACAACGGCAGCAACCAAGUAUAAAACCACGGCGGAUGAAGCACGUGAUUUGCUGGCCACAACGAUUCUAGCACACGUCCCUGUGCCGAGUUUUAAUUUCCAGGUGAAAGCGAUCUAUGUGGCACUUAUGAUUCGACGCGUAAUGGCAGCCGAAUUAGAUCGAAAUGCGGUAGAUGAUCGGGAUUAUUACGGCAACAAGCGGCUCGAACUGGCCGGUUCAUUGCUUUCCCUCAUGUUUGAGGAUCUAUUCAAGCGCUUCAACUGGGAGCUGAAAAUGAUAGCGGAUAAGAACAUUCCGAAAAUAAAAGCGGCACAGUUCGAUGUUGGAAAGCACAUGCGGGAAGCGCUCAUUACAUCCGGGCUCGAGACGGCUAUUUCGACUGGUAAUUGGACGAUAAAACGAUUUAAAAUGGAACGAGCCGGUGUGACGCAGGUACUGUCCAGAUUGAGCUACAUUUCGGCCCUCGGUAUGAUGACGCGCGUGAAUUCGCAGUUCGAAAAGACGAGAAAAGUGUCCGGUCCCCGUUCGCUGCAACCAAGUCAGUGGGGUAUGCUGUGUCCUUCGGAUACGCCGGAAGGAGAGGCUUGUGGAUUGGUAAAGAAUUUAGCACUCAUGACACACAUUACGACCGAGGUGGAUGAGGAACCGGUGAUCAGGUUGGCGUACAAUGCCGGGGUGGAAGACAUCCGACUGCUCGGUGGCGAAACGAUUAACAAUCCGAAGGUAUUUAUGGUUUUCAUCAAUGGAAACAUAUUGGGCGUAACGAUCGCCUACCGGCGGCUGGUAGAAGUGUUUCGGAUGAUGCGUCGCCGUGGAUUGAUCGGUGCGUUCGUGUCGAUCCAUACCUCGUACACCCAGCGCUGCGUGUACAUUCACACCGAUGGUGGAAGACUUUGCCGGCCGUACAUUAUCGUACAGGGUGGAAGGCCACUCGUGCAGCAGGAACACAUCGAGCAGCUGAAGCUGGGCUUGAGGAAAUUCGAUGACUUUCUGCACGACGGGCUGAUUGAGUAUCUGGAUGUGAAUGAGGAAAAUGAUUCCUUUAUCGCGUAUCAGGAGCGGGAAAUUGAUCCGGAAAAGACGACACAUCUGGAAAUUGAACCGUUUACGUUGUUGGGUGUUUGUGCCGGGCUGGUACCGUACCCUCAUCAUAACCAGAGCCCUCGUAACACGUACCAAUGCGCUAUGGGUAAGCAAGCGAUGGGAAUUAUCGGAUACAAUCAGAAGAACCGUAUCGACACGCUGAUGUACAACAUUGUGUAUCCGCAAAGUCCGAUGGUGCGAUCACGUACGAUUGAGCUUACGAAUUUCGAUAAGCUUCCGGCCGGGCAGAAUGCAACGGUCGCCGUUAUGAGCUACUCAGGGUAUGAUAUUGAGGAUGCACUCAUCCUUAACAAAGCUUCAAUCGAUCGUGGAUAUGGACGGUGUCUUGUGUACAAGAAUAGCAAGUGCACCAUCAAACGGUACAGUAACCAGACGUUUGAUCGCAUCAUGGGCCCAAUGAAAGAUGCUUUAACUGGGAAAAUUAUCACCAAACACGAGUGUCUCGAUACGGAUGGAAUCGUAUCGCCCGGAGAACGGCUCACGUGCAAACAAACAAUGGUCAACAAAGAAAUGCCAGCCGUUAAAUCAAACAACCCCAUCGAACAGAAAGAAUCUGGUCAACAACCGAUUGCGUACAGUGCGGUACCGAUCACCUACAAAGGUACGGAACCGAGCUACGCCGAACGGGUGCUUGUGUCCACUAACAAUGAGGAAGAAUUCCUCGUCAAAAUUCUCCUACGUCAAACGAGACGACCGGAAAUUGGAGACAAAUUUAGUUCCCGUCACGGUCAGAAAGGUGUGACCGGGUUGAUCGUCGAGCAGGAAGAUCUGCCGUUCAACGAUUACGGUAUGUCACCGGAUAUGGUGAUGAAUCCGCACGGUUUCCCAUCCCGUAUGACGGUGGGUAAAACGCUCGAGCUGCUCGGCAGUAAGGCGGGUGUGCUGGAGGGCAAGUUCCAUUACGGAACCGCAUUCGGUGGUUCCAAGUGUCAGGAUCUUCAGGAUGAACUUUUCAAGCAUGGAUUUAAUUACCUCGGAAAGGAUGUGUUCUACUCCGGCAUUACCGGUGAACCGCUCGAAAUGUAUAUCUACUCCGGGCCGGUUUAUUACCAAAAGCUGAAGCACAUGGUGCAGGAUAAGAUGCAUGCACGUGCACGUGGUCCAAGGGCGGUACUGACACGUCAACCGACACAAGGUCGUAGUCGUGAGGGUGGUUUGCGACUGGGCGAGAUGGAGCGGGAUUGUUUGAUUUCGUACGGUGCUAGUAUGUUGAUUAUGGAGCGAUUGAUGAUAUCGUCCGAUGCGUUUGAUGUGGACGUGUGUAAUGUGUGUGGCCGGUUGGCGUACUCGUCCUGGUGUCACAACUGUCGAUCGUCGGCGAGCGUUUCGAAGAUAUCGAUGCCGUACGCGUGUAAGUUGUUGUUCCAGGAGCUGACGAGCAUGAACAUUGUUCCGCGAUUGAAGUUGCAGAAUUAUUGA